GGAGACAGCGCGGGCAGGUUACCAGGCAGCGGGAGCCGUGGGGCUCAGGGUUUCGGGGCGUGUGUGUUGGGAGGGCGGGGGAAGUGGCUGGAGGGACGCGGCGCUCGGUGAGCGCGCCGGGGACGAGAGGCGAGCAGAGAGUGGAGGAGGAGGCGGCGGCGGCGGCGGGAGCGCUCCCCAGGAAUGUCGCUGCCGCUGCCACCGCCGGGGCCGCUGCCGUUGAGGAGGAGACGGAGGAGAGCGACGCUGUUAGGAAGAUGAUCCAUGUGAUCUUGAAGAUCUGUCUGCGCAGAAAUGAGGGAUAUACAAAGAACCAAACAGAAUUCUGAAAUUUUGGAUCUGUAUUUUAAGAUUUUAUUUUCAGAAUGAGAAAUAUAUAUGGUUAUCUUUAUGAAUGUAGAGACAUGAGAAGAGAGUUAUGAUGGCAAAAAACAAAGAGCCUCGUCCCCCAGCCUAUACUAUCAGUGUAGUUGGACUCUCUGGGACUGAAAAGGACAAAGGUAACUGUGGAGUUGGAAAAUCUUGUUUGUGCAAUAGAUUUGUACGCUCAAAAGCAGAUGAAUAUUACCCAGAACAUACUUCUGUGCUUAGCACCAUUGACUUUGGAGGACGAGUAGUAAACAAUGAUCACUUUUUAUACUGGGGUGACAUAACACAAAAUGGUGAAGAUGGAGUAGAAUGCAAAAUUCAUGUCAUUGAACAAACAGAGUUCAUUGAUGACCAGACUUUCUUGCCUCAUCGGAGUACGAAUUUGCAACCAUAUAUAAAACGUGCAGCUGCCUCUAAGUUGCAGUCAGCAGAAAAACUAAUGUACAUUUGCACUGAUCAGCUAGGUUUAGAGCAAGACUUUGAGCAAAAGCAAAUGCCUGAGGGGAAGCUGAAUGUAGAUGGGUUUUUAUUGUGCAUUGAUGUAAGUCAGGGAUGUAAUAGGAAAUUUGAUGAUCAACUUAAAUUUGUGAAUAACCUUUUUGUUCAGCUAUCAAAAUCAAAAAAACCUGUAAUAAUAGCAGCAACUAAAUGUGAUGAAUGUGUGGAUCAUUAUCUUAGAGAAGUUCAGGCGUUUGCUUCAAACAAAAAGAACCUUCUUGUAGUGGAAACAUCAGCACGAUUUAAUGUCAACAUUGAGACAUGUUUCACUGCGCUGGUACAAAUGCUGGAUAAAACUCGUGGCAAGCCUAAAAUUAUUCCCUAUCUGGAUGCUUAUAAAACACAGAGACAACUUGUUGUCACAGCAACAGAUAAGUUUGAAAAACUUGUACAGACUGUGAGAGAUUAUCAUGCAACAUGGAAAACUGUUAGUAAUAAAUUAAAAAAUCAUCCUGAUUAUGAAGAAUACAUCAGUUUAGAGGGAACAAGGAAAGCCAGAAAUACAUUCUCAAAACAUAUAGAACAACUUAAACAGGAACAUAUAAGAAAAAGGAGAGAGGAAUAUUUAAGUACCCUACCAAGAGCUUUUAACACUCUUUUGCCAAAUCUUGAAGAGAUUGAACAUUUGAAUUGGUCAGAAGCUUUGAAGUUAAUGGAGAAGAGAACAGACUUCCAGUUAUGUUUUGUGGUGCUAGAAAAAACACCUUGGGAUGAAACUGACCAUAUAGACAAAAUUAAUGAUAGACGGAUCCCAUUUGACCUCCUGAGCACUUUAGAAGCUGAAAAAGUCUAUCAGAACCAUGUACAGCAUCUAAUAUCAGAAAAAAGGAGAGUAGAAAUGAAGGAAAAAUUUAAAAAGACUUUGGAAAAGAUCCAGUUCAUUUCACCUGGGCAACCAUGGGAGGAAGUUAUUUGCUUUGUUAUGGAAGAUGAAGCCUUCAAAUAUAUCACAGAGGGAGAUAGUAAAGAGGUCUAUAGUAGGCAUCAGCGAGAGAUAGUUGAAAAAGCCAAAGAAGAGUUUCAGGAAAUGCUUUUUGAGCAUUCUGAACUUUUUUAUGAUUUAGAUCUUAAUGCAACACCAAGUUCAGAUAAAAUGAGUGAGAUUCAUACAGUUCUAAGUGAAGAACCUAGAUACAAAGCUUUACAGAAACUUGCACCUGAUAGGGAAUCUCUUCUACUUAAACAUAUAGGAUUUGUUUAUCAUCCCACUAAAGAAACAUGCCUUAGUGGCCAAAAUUGUACAGACAUUAAAGUGGAGCAUUUGCUUGCUAGUAGUCUUUUGCAGUUGGAUCACAGUCGCUUACGGUUGUAUCAUGAUAGUGCAAACAUAGAUAAAGUUAACCUCUUCAUUUUAGGGAAAGAUGGCCUUGCCCAAGAACUAGCAAAUGAGAUAAGGACACAGUCUACUGAUGAUGAAUAUGCCUUAGACGGAAAAAUUUAUGAACUUGACCUUCGGCCUGUUGAUGCCAAAUCGCCUUACAUUUUGAGUCAGUUAUGGACUGCUGCCUUUAAACCACAUGGGUGCUUCUGUGUAUUCAAUUCCAUUGAAUCAUUGAGUUUUAUUGGGGAAUUUAUUGGAAAAAUAAGAACUGAAGCUUCUCAGAUCAGAAAAGAUAAAUAUAUGGCUAAUCUUCCAUUUACAUUAAUUCUGGCUAACCAGAGAGAUUCUGUGAGUAAGAAUCUACCAAUACUCAGGCACCAAGGGCAGCAGUUGGCAAACAAGUUACAGUGUCCUUUUGUAGAUGUACCUGCUGGUACAUAUCCUCGUAAAUUUAAUGAAACCCAAAUAAAGCAAGCUCUAAGAGGUGUACUGGAAUCAGUGAAACAUAAUUUAGAUGUUGUAAGCCCAGUUCCCACCAAUAAGGAUGUAUCGGAAGCAGACUUAAGAAUUGUGAUGUGUGCCAUGUGUGGAGAUCCAUUUAGUGUGGAUCUUAUCCUUUCACCCUUCCUUGAUUCUCAUUCUUGUAGUGCUGCCCAAGCUGGACAGAAUAAUUCCCUAAUGCUUGAUAAAAUUAUUGGUGAAAAAAGAAGGCGAAUACAGAUCACAAUAUUAUCAUAUCACUCUUCAAUUGGAGUAAGGAAGGAUGAACUGGUUCAUGGGUAUAUUUUAGUUUACUCUGCCAAACGGAAAGCAUCAAUGGGAAUGCUCCGAGCGUUUCUAUCAGAAGUUCAAGACACCAUUCCUGUGCAGCUGGUGGCAGUUACUGACAGCCAAGCAGAUUUUUUUGAAAAUGAGGCGAUCAAGGAGUUAAUGACUGAAGGAGAACACAUUGCAACUGAGAUCACUGCUAAAUUUACAGCAUUGUAUUCUUUAUCUCAGUAUCAUCGGCAAACUGAAGUCUUUACUCUGUUUUUUAGUGAUGUUCUUGAGAAAAAAAAUAUGAUAGAAAAUUCCUAUCUGUCUGAUAAUACAAGGGAAUCAACGCAUCACAGCGAAGAUGUUUUCCUACCAUCUCCUAGAGAUUGUUUUCCCUAUAAUAAUUACCCCGAUUCAGAUGAUGAUACAGAAGCUCCACCUCCUUAUAGUCCAAUUGGUGAUGAUGUACAGUUGCUUCCAACACCCAGUGACCGUUCCAGAUACAGAUUAGAUUUGGAAGGAAAUGAAUAUCCUGUUCAUAGCACCCCAAACUGUCAUGAUCAUGAACGCAACCAUAAAGUGCCUCCACCUAUUAAACCUAAACCAGUUGUUCCUAAGACAAAUGUGAAAAAACUGGAUCCAAACCUUUUAAAAACAAUUGAAGCUGGUAUUGGUAAAAAUCCAAGAAAACAGACUUCCCGGGUACCUUUGGCACAUCCUGAAGAUAUGGAUUCUUCAGAUAACUAUGCGGAACCCAUGGACACAAUUUUCAAACAGAAGGGCUAUUCUGAUGAGAUUUAUGUUGUUCCAGAUGAUAGUCAGAAUCGAAUUAUUAAAAUUCGAAACUCAUUUGUAAAUAAUACCCAAGGUGAGGAGGAAAAUGGAUUUUCUGAUAGACCCUCAAAAAGCCAUGGGGAACGGAGGCCUUCAAAAUACAAAUAUAAAUCUAAAACUUUAUUUAGUAAAGCCAAGUCAUACUAUAGAAGAACUCACUCAGAUGCAAGUGAUGAUGAAGCUUUCACUACUUCUAAAACAAAAAGAAAAGGAAAGCAUCGUGGUAGUGAAGAAGACCCACUUCUUUCUCCUGUUGAAACUUGGAAAGGUGGUAUUGAUAAUCCUGCAAUCACUUCUGACCAGGAAGUAGAUGAUAAGAAGAUGAAGAAAAAAACCCAUAAAGUAAAAGAAGAUAAAAAGCAGAAAAAGAAAACUAAAAACUUCAAUCCGCCAACACGUAGAAAUUGGGAAAGUAAUUACUUUGGAAUGCCCCUCCAGGAUCUGGUCACAGCUGAAAAGCCUAUACCACUGUUUGUUGAAAAAUGUGUGGAAUUUAUUGAAGAUACAGGAUUGUGUACAGAAGGACUCUACCGUGUUAGUGGAAACAAAACUGACCAAGACAAUAUUCAAAAGCAAUUUGAUCAAGAUCAUAAUGUCAAUCUAGUAUCAAUGGAAGUAACAGUAAAUGCUGUAGCGGGAGCUCUUAAAGCUUUCUUUACAGAUCUGCCAGAUCCUUUAAUCCCAUAUUCUCUUCAUCCAGAGCUAUUGGAAGCAGCAAAAAUCCUGGAUAAAACAGAACGUCUUCAUGCCUUGAAAGAAAUUGUCAAGAAAUUUCAUCCUGUAAACUAUGAUGUAUUCAGAUAUGUGAUAACACAUCUAAACAGGGUCAGUCAGCAAAAUAAAAUCAACCUAAUGACAGCAGAUAACUUAUCCAUCUGUUUUUGGCCAACCUUGAUGAGACCUGAUUUUGAAAAUCGAGAGUUUCUGUCUACCACUAAGAUCCAUCAAUCUGUUGUUGAAACAUUCAUUCAGCAGUGUCAGUUUUUCUUUUACAAUGGAGAAAUUGUAGAAACUGCGAACACCGUGGCUCCUCCUCCACCUUCAAACCCAGGACAGUUGGUGGAAUCAAUGGUACCACUUCAGUUACCACCACCAUUGCAACCUCAGCUGAUACAACCACAAUUACAGACAGAUCCUCUUGGUAUCAUAUAAGUGAUGGCAGACAGCCUAAAAUCGGACAAAAAGUAAACCUAGAUGUGCAUGUUUCAGGGUUCCGUAGUAUACUUCAUGUUUCAUGCAGAUAAUUCACAUUCAAAUGAGACACUUUCUCUUUGAACUA